CAACGGGACAUCAACCCUCGGGGUCAAGGGGCAAUGAUGGAACUCCCGCACCAUCUCCCACUCUGGCAGAUGCCAUAGCCAGUCUCUUAAACUCAAGAACAAAACAGGCUCGACUUUUGAACCUGAUUGCUCAAAACACUGGUGCUCUACGUGGUCAUCGUGAACCAGAUCAAAGGGUGGACUACACAAAGUUCCUGGAAACUCGACCACCCAUCUUUAUGAAGGCUGAGCAUCCUAUCGAGGCAAAUGAAUGGCUGCAGACCCUAGAACAAAAAUUCCGUGUGAUCCCUCAAUGCACGGAAACUCAAAAGACCGAAUUUGCAGGACUUCAACUUCAGGGUCCAGCAGGUACAUGGUGGACUAGUUUUUUAGCUAGGCAACCUGUUGGUGGAGCAAUCACUUGGGAUGAAUUCAAGGCAGCUUUCCGUGCACAGUUUGUGCCAGAGGCUAUUAUGAGAAUGAAGUUAGAACAAUUUCUGCAGCUUAAGCAAGGAAAUCAGAGUAUCCUAGAAUAUACCAGUGCUUUUGACCAUUUGGCUCAAUAUGCUCCAGAGCAUGUAAAUACAGAAACUAGGAAGCGGGACUGCUAUCUUCGAGGACUCAAUGCCAAAAUGCAAGAUAAGUUGUCCACCUGCACUUUCAAUGAUUACAAUGCUGCAGUGAGCAUGGCAAUCACUGCAGAAGAAAAGAUGAUGGUGUUGGAUGAAACCCUUAAGAAAGAAGAAUCAUUGAAGAGGAAAAAUAUUUCUUUUGAGGCAUCAGGAAGCACACCACAAAGAAUGAGGGUUGUCUAUAAAGGACCACCUCGUCCUGCUUAUAGACCUCCAUAUCAGCAGCAGCCCCAGCAAAAGUGGGUUGCAAGGACUCCUUACAAUACUCCACGUCCAGCAAAUCCACAAUUUUCUGGAGUUCGUAACACCGCUGCUUCGGGAAGUCUGCAGCCGUGUUAUAAUUGUGGCCGUCCUGGACACUUUGCUCGUGACUGUCGUUUUCCAAAGCAAGGGGGAAACGUCAACGUGCAGACUCAAACUUCAGGUCAAGGAUUUGGCCAGAAGUUCAUCCGGAAGAAAUUUCUGAAUACCAAGACUGGACGCGUGCAUUAUAUGAAUGUUGAAGAGAUUCCAGAAGGGGAACUUGUUUUGGCUGAGUCUGAAGCACCUGAAGUGGAGUUUGUGGAAUUAUCUGAAAAUCCCCAGGAGACCGAAGAAAUCUUUGAGCUUGUUCCUGUUGUUGAAGGGGUUUCUGAAGAUACUAACAUAGCAGGAACCCAAGGCAAGCCCCGGUGCAUUUAUACCUAUGAUUUUACAAUUAUUAUGCAAUCAUAAAAAUUGGCUUAUUUCCUGUUUGUGCAUUAGUUCUAGGAGUUGAUUGCAACCUAGUUCUUUCAUGCAUAAUCCAUCCUUGUUUAAUAGGACAUCUUUGCCACCUUCUCAAACUUAAUUAGUAAUGUCCUAUGCUUAGCAAUGCUUAGUUGUUACUUUGCAGUAACCUUGUUACUUAGUUACCUAAGGUUAAUUUGGUUCUUACUUUGACCAAGGAAAUGGCUUGUUUUUUUUUAGUUGUGGGCAGAAGCUAGUGAUGUAGUUCUAUCCAUUGGAAUUAUUUUGUUAAGGACCGUUCGUUGUCUUAACCUUUGAUCAAGUAAUGUUACCUGGUUGCUUACUGCCAUUGGGAACCAGCAAGCCUAGUAGAUUAGUUGGCUCUUGAAUUGGAAAUGAUUUAUACCCGUGCUUGGCGUGUGGGAGAAAGGCAGGGGCGUAGCCUGAAACUCACAUUGGAGAUCAGGCCAGACGUGGGGUCCCAUGUGGGGGUGCGCCUCUGGGUUCGGGUAACUUUGCUUCCGGUUCUUGGGUACGACUAAUUGAAAGGUUGUUUUGUACAGCCUCGAAACUGUACUUAACUGGUGAUUAGGUAUCUCCUGCAGGAUGUAAAUCGGUCCGGAUCGCCGCAAUUCUCGGUUAUGAAUGUACUUGAUCAUCGCUUGAGCAUCGUAGUUAAGAAAAGUAUUUAAGAUGUUUUCCUUGGAAUUUAUAUUACUGGUUCUUAGUGCUUCUUCUUUUGAAAAAUAUUUUAUCACCUAGAUGUUAAGUAAUUAUUAAAUUGCGUUUAAAAUCACAAAACAAGGACUCAAUAUUAGUAAGCUUUAUGCAAAAAUUGUCAAGUCAGCCAGUCCACUAAAAAGCCUUCAUACUCCUUGCAAUUUUUUUUUAUUUCUUUUAGUCGGGUCAGUCUUGCUGAGUACCUUCGUACUCAGGGUUUUUAUUUUGUGGUUUUUCAGAAGUGCAACAGCCGCCUGCUGAAGAAGAUUAAUUGAAGAACUAAGUAUUUGAAGGUCUCCGAAUACUUAGUAUGAGCUUUAGAUGUUAUGUUUAAUUACCGCUUACUGGCUUGUUUGUUUUAAACUCUUAGCAUGGUGUAACCUGCACUUAAGUUUGUUUCAAAAGUACCGGUUUGUAAUAAUUCACACCUUUCUAUAUUUAUGUAAAAAUAUAUGGGUUGUUGAUGCUGUCCCUUCGUGGAAGCAAUCCUGAUGUACGGUUGAGAUUCAAGUUGUACAUGGAUGAUUCGGGUCGUCCCGAGGACACUCGACGGACUACCGGAUUUAAGCUGUUUUAAGUGUGUUCACAAGAAA